AUGGUCAGCAGAGUCGGGAACUGGCUGCCUGAUGAUCCCAAGGUACUCAGAAAAUGGGUAAACAAAAAAGUGCAACAAGUCAAAGCGAAUCCUCCUGUGCGGUCCGAUGUGGUUAAGGAAUUCGAGGACAUGGUGAUCGCUGACCCCCAGCUGUACAUGCUGUUCAAUGAAAUGCUGGCCGAGGUGCCCGCCAAGUACGAGAAAGACCCGGCUGGGCAUCCUGAGAUUCGAGACCUCAACCUGCUGUUUGACGUCUUUGACAGCAUACUGCUCGAAGCACCUUCCUGGGAUAGCUCUGCGCAGGUCGGCACUCCCAUCAACGCCGUGCUCGACUGGCCGAUGGGCACCAAAGCUGGCUUUGCGGCAUUCUUGAAUCCCAAGGUCAACCAGCAAUUCCAGAAAAUGCUGACAACUUGGGCGCAAUUCUUGGUCGGUAAGGACUCAACGCACACCUUGAAUACUCGCGAAGGCGGCUGGUUCUCGCAGACCGCGCUCAAUAGCCCUCACAUGAAGGACCUCGUCGAGGACUUUGGUGUGGAUAUCACGAAGCCAGCGGGCGGGUUUCUGUCGUGGGAUGCCUUCUUCACGCGAGAAUUCCUGGCGAAUCGCCGCCGCGUCGCCUUCCCGGACGACCAGAACGUCAUCGUGAGCGCCGCCGAAGCCACGCCCUUCGCGGUCCAGCGGAACGUCAAGCUCCACGACACGUUUUGGCUCAAGGGCCAGAGCUACUCCCUGGAUCACAUGAUGAACAACGACCCUCGCGCCGAGCAAUUUGUCGGCGGCACCGUGUACCAGGCAUUCCUCAGCGCCGACAGCUACCAUCGCUUCCACGUGCCAGUGUCCGGCCAGAUCGUGGAUAAGCCCGCCAUUGUCGCGGGGACUUACUAUUCUGAGCCGCUGCUCACGGGGUUUAGUCCCGAUGACGGCCCAGCAACCCCCGAUCCGGGUGCGGACGAGGCUUCGCAGGGUUACAUCUCUGCGGUGGCGACGCGAGCCGUCGUCUUCAUCCAAGCCGACAACCCUCUCAUAGGCCUCAUGGCGAUUAUCCUGGUGGGCAUGGCCGAAGUCUCGUCGGUCGAAAUCACCAUGCCGCCCGGGAAGCACUUCCAGAAGGGCGAACAGCUGGGCAUGUUCCACUUCGGCGGCUCCACGCACUGUCUGUGCUUCAGGCCCGGCGUGAACCUGCAGUUCAACUUCCCGGAUAACAUCCCCGGUCCGGACAAUACCAUCCAGUGGCCCGUCAACAGCGCGCUUGCUUCGCUAGUUGUGCCGACCACCGCUGCUUAG